ACCGAACAUAUAUACUAAAAUAUUAUAAAAAAUAAUACCCCGGAGUAAUAUUUUUCAUAUUCCUUCACUAAAUAAUACGGAGUAAUUUUUAAAAAAAAAUUGGUUCAAGUUUUAUCAUGUACACUACGCCGGCCACCUUCCUCCUCCGUCGUCCCCAACCACUCCAAUCGUCAGAGAAAAUAGAGAAGAGAAACAGUGCUUCUGUUUUUCUCUCCAAUGGCUCCCGCACUUCCAAUGCCCCCUCAAAGUAGCAAUAUCUUCGUCUCCAACCCUAGCUCAUCCCUUUCGGCAGUCUCUUCCAAUGCCCCUUUCUUCUUCAACUCGUCGAGCUCCUUCAAUUGCGCUGCUCGCCGCCUGAGCUCCUCCACUAUCUUCUCCUCGCCGGGAAAAUCUUCUGUCCAAUCGCAUCCGCUGCGGCCUCGGCUUGUUCCCGCUCCUCGGGUGUCAAUUGCUCCGGCAGAGUACGUCCCUCCAUCUCCUAACUUCGAUUUCCGCAAGGAAAUCCCCAAACUGAAGGGGUUGAAGUCCAAGCUUUGUAAUUGCUCGAACUUGGAAGAUAAGCUGAGAACUCUUGACUCGGAUUCUAGGGUGCGAUCGUUCUUCAAUGCUGGUUUCGGCAGGUUAAUGGGCGAGUUGAAUUUGGACAAAUACGAAUUGUUUUUGCUCAAGUGUGUAGUGGCUGCUGGGCAGGAGCAUGUGUUGGGGGAAUUCGGCGGCGAGCUUGUCUCCAAACGGAGUUCUCUCAAGACAGCUCUAUAUGCUCUGGCCGACAUGAUUGAGAAAUGGGAAACUAGUGGAGCUAAUGAGUGUGACCGCCUCCCUGGUAGGGUGGGAUUUGGACUUGGAGAAGAAGAGGUUAAGGCAUUGAGGUUGUUGCUCAAGUCUCUUGGUGAGAUUGAACAAUUUUAUGACUGCAUUGGGGGAAUUAUAGGAUAUCAGAUAAUGGUCCUUGAUCUUCUUGUUCAGUCCACUUUUGAAAGACAGACAAGCAGUUGGUCCACCCACACGUGUAAAUCAUUGAAACACGAGAGUUUAGAAAUUCAUCCUCCUCGUGCACUCGAUCUUUCUCAAGAUGUAGAAUAUGCAUCUCAAGCAGCUCUUUGGGGAUUAGAGGCUUUGCCAGUCUUGGGAGAAAUUUACCCUCUUGGAGGCUCAGGAGACCGGCUUGGCUUGGUUGACCCUGAUACAGGUGAAUGCCUCCCUGCUGCAAUGCUUCCUUUCUGUGGACGUACACUUUUGGAAGGCCUAAUAAGAGAUCUUCAGGCCAGAGAGUUCCUGUAUUAUAAGGUGUACGGAAACCAGUGCAUCAUUCCUGUCGCAAUAAUGACAAGUUCUGCCAAGAACAAUCAUGAACGUAUUCUGCGCCUGUGUGAAAGCCAUAGCUGGUUUGGAAGAGGGAGAUCUAAUUUUAUACUUUUUGAACAGCCUCUUGUUCCAGCUGUUAGUGCCAAAGAUGGGAAGUGGUUAGCUUCUAGACCUUUUAUGCUAGUACGCAAGCCUGGCGGUCAUGGUGUGAUAUGGAAACUUGCUUACGACAAAGGUGUGUUCCAGUGGUUUCACGAUCAUGGAAGGAAAGGGGCAACUGUCCGACAAGUCAGCAACGUUGUGGCGGCUACAGAUUUGACGCUUUUGGCAUUGGCAGGAAUUGGUUUGCUCGGUGCCAAGAAAUUGGGCUUUGCAUCCUGUAAGCAAAGUACUGGAGCUACUGAAGGAAUAAAUGUUUUAAUUGAGAGGAAGAGCCUCAAUGGUAAUUGGAUAUAUGGCCUAUCUUGUAUUGAAUAUACCGAGUUUGACAAGUUUGGAAUCAGGGACGAGCCUCUUCCAUAUAAUAGUUUGCAGGCCGAAUUUCCUGCUAAUACAAAUAUUAUGUACGUUGAUUUACCAUCUGCUGAGAUUGUUGGAUCAUGUAAAGAUGAGAAAUGUUUGCCAGGGAUGGUUCUCAAUGUGAAGAAACCAGUAACUUACAAGGAUCAGUUUGGAAUUAGUCACAGUGUCCCUGGCGGUCGCCUUGAGCACACAAUGCAAAACAUUGCUGAUAAUUUCACCACUGUAUGUCCAUCACGAUGUUAUGAAAGUGUAGAAGAUAGACUAGAUACUUUUAUGGUAUACAAUGAAAGAAAGAAGGUUACAUCAUCCGCUAAGAAGAAAAGGACACAUGCUGCCAAGUCUCUACGCCAGACUCCAGAUGGUGCACUUCUGGAUAUGAUGCGCAAUGCCUAUGAUAUUCUCUCCCAUUGUGGGAUAAGCAUUCCACAGAUUGAAGGUGAUGAUAAGUACGUGGAUUCUGGACCACCAUUUCUUAUCCUUCUUCAUCCUGCUUUGGGGCCUCUUUGGGAAGUUAUUAGACAAAAAUUUCACGGGGGUUCCAUUUCCGAAGGUUCAGAGUUACAGAUAGAGGUUUCUGAGUUUUAUUGGAGAGAUGUCCAGCUCAAUGGAAGUUUGAUUAUUUUGGCCGAGAAUGUUAUGGGUUCAACUACGAUAGAUGCAAAUGGUGAAGCUUUACUACAGUAUGGAAGGAGGUGUAGCAGAUGCAAACUCAAGAAUGUCAAGGUUCUUAAUGAUGGCAUUGAUUGGAAUUCAAGAGACAACUUGUACUGGAAGCACGAUGUGCAACGAUUUGAGGCUGUGAAGAUCAUACUGCAUGGAAAUGCAGAGUUUGAAGCAGUGGAUGUUAUUCUACAGGGCAACCAUGUAUUUGAUGUCCCAGAUGGCUACAAAAUGAAGAUCGCAUCUGGAAAUUCAGGUUUAGAAGUUAAACUUAAUGCCAUUGCAAAGACAUCAAUGGAUUGUGGAACCUGGUUUUGGAGUUAUAAGAGAAUGGGCGCACACAUUCAAUUGGAACUAGUGGAGUUGUAGGGCGCAUAUAACCAACCGGCUACGUACAUUCGUGAAUCGUGGUUCAUGAAUGGGACCGGACGACUUGCUGGAUGAUUGU